AGAUUCUCCCGGGAGGGGGAGGAAUGGGCACACGCGGCUGCUCCGCGCGCGAGUCAAGUCAAGUGGCGCUGGCUGUAGAUUCAGUUCUUGAUCGCUGACAAGAUUCAUUCUUGUUUAUUUCCCAGCGCCGGACACUCGUUCCCCUCCUUGGACAGAUAGAUUCUUCGAUCAGCCGUCCAUUUCCGUUUCGCCUUUUCCCCGUGCCCUCGAGAGUUGCUGCUGCUGCUGCCGCCUAUAAAUCAUUGCUGUCCUCCAGCCUCGACCCUUGGCAACAUUCAUUCACUUCGAGGCGGAACCUCCGAUUCUUCUUUCUCUCUGUUGUGCCGCUUCUGCUCUUUUGGUCUCCAGGGUAGCAUUUGUGUGCUUGCUUGCCUCCAGGCUUCGUGGAUUCGGUGGUGGGUGUGUAUCCGGCGAUUUGGCAAGAUUUGGCUGAAGGCGAGAGGCGGAAGGAUGUUGGUAUUGCAGGCGGCGGUGGUCGGGCCGAUUGCUGCAUGCAAAGGUUGGAGUGGCAAAGGUUGGGCGAGAGGGGCACCGGUGGUGGUGGUGGCGGGGAGGCGGGGGCGUGCCCAAGAUGCGGGGGGGAAGGUGGCUGGGGUGGCAAGUGCGGCUGUGUUUGAGCCCAUGAAGGAGCUGGAGAAGGACUUGUUCCGGUUGCCUCAAGAGUCGCAUGCAUCGUUGGCUCGGCUCAAUUUUACCGACUCUUGCGAGUCUUCGAUCAAUGAGCUGAUCAAUGUCUUGUACAGCGUGUCCUAUCUCUAUCACAGCUUGUUUGCCUAUUUCGAUCGUGACAAUGUGGCGUUGCUUGGCUUCUCUCAUUAUUUCAAAGAGGAGAGUGACCAGCGGAGGAAACGCGCGGAGGAGUUGAUGAUGUAUCAGAACAAGAGAGGAGGGAGAGUCGGGCUCAAACCUGUGCUCUCGGCCCCAGCUGUGGAGUUCGAGGAGGUUGUUAAAUCCAUGGAGCUUGCUAAUUCUCUGGAAAAGUUGUUAACUGAGAAGUUUUAUGAUCUGCAACGAGCCGCUGAGAAAGCUGGGGACAAACACUUGAACCACCUGGUCAAGAGCACGUACUUAGCUGAGCAAAUUGAAAUCGUCAAAAGAGUGUCCGAGUACGUGGCACAGCUGAGACGUAUUGGAGAGGAUGGCCAUGGUAUCUACUACUUCGACAGAGUCUUAGGCGGACAUGAGGCCUGAAUCUGCACUAUAUAGCUACUGUACACGCUGUAGUUAUACGUGAACAUUCGAAGGUCCUUUUGAAGGAAACCCGUGCUGGAUCUAAAUCUUUCUUCUUGAAGGAAGUCCGUGCCGGAUCUAAAAACUUUGUCCUUGCAUUCGCAGUCGGAACUUUGAAGAAUGGUACCAACGACUGUGUAAGCAUGCAACGGAUAGUGGAUUGCACCAAGAAUACUCUAAGCUGUUAACAUGUCAGGACCUUUGACAUUUUCCAGACAUAUUU